AUGGUGAGGAUGAUGAUGAAGGGUCCAAGGAAGAUGCGUCUGCGAACAGCGGCUCUAAGAGCGAUUUCGACGAUGAUGGCGAUGACAACGACGACGACGACGACGGCGAUCGUAAUGGCAAACAAGAAAAAGAAGAAGGACUCGCCUCUACGAAAGAAGAGCGCCCCACCGGUCGCCAAACGCAAGCAGUCGAUCUCGCUGGUCUUCUCGGCGCCCACCAGGCGGGGCAGCACCAUCGUCCGCCGAGAUGCCCCCCCCGGCGUCCCGCAACCCAUCGGUGGGGGCGGCCUCCGGGACGUCCUGGCCAAGCCCGCGGCCGAAAAGGAGUCGAGCGCCAGCGACGACGAGAACCACAGCAGCGACGACGACGACGACGACACCGAAUCGUCGUCGCCGACGUCCACAUCUACGACAUCUACGGAUGACGACGAUGAUGACGACUCGGGCGGCGAGAAGGGAGAUGACGACGAGGCCUUGCAGAAGCGGGCGCGGCGGGAGGUGGCGCACCGCCGGAAGAAAUUGCUGCACAGGCUCGACCCGCCCCGCCCGGAGAGUGAGGACAAGCGGCGACGGCGCGAGGCGCGCCAGCAGAGGCGGCAGGAGCGCGAGCGCGAGAACGAGCGCCAGACGCAGCGGCGCGUGCAGGAGCUGCAGGACCGCGUGCGCGCCCUCAUCGACCGCCAGACGCGCGAGGAGUCGGGCGACGCGCUCGCCGGCGAACAGCAACAAUCGGGGGUCGCCUCCGCCGCGUCGCUGGCCGGCGAGUACGACGAGAGCCUGCUCCUCCAGCAGGAGGGCGAAGAGGGCGACGAGCACCAGGAGGAGGAGGACCCGCGCGACUUUGUCUACGCGCCGGACGAGUACCUGCGGCUGCCGCGGCGCGUGCUGGAGCGGAUCAUGAUCUACUUCCGCCCGCCGGAGCUGGCCGUGCUCGGGCUGGUCCAGAAGGCGUGGCAGCGCGCGGCCGACUCCAACUCGGUGUGGCGCACCUUCUUCCGCGGCACCCAGGCCCAGAACUACUCCCUCCCCUCCUGGAAGCGCUUCUACAAGAUGUUCUGGCGACGCAACAAGAUCGCGGAGGAGAUCUUGUCGACGGAGCAGACCUACGUGCAGAGCCUGCGUGCGGUGGUGGAGGUGUUCGUGAACCCGCUGCGCGACCCGACGAACAAGCAGAUCAUCACCCACACCGACCUCAAGGGCAUCUUCUCCGAGAUCGAGGUCAUCCUCGGCUACAACGCCAAGCUCUUCGCCGAGCUGGCCGAGCGCAUGCAGCACUGGCACUUCGACAUCUGCCUCGGCGACAUCUUUGCCAAGAUGUCGAUGUUCCUCAAGGUCUACACGCAGUACGUCAACCAUUUCAACAAGGCCAUCACCAUCGUCGCCCGGCUCAAGCGCACUUCGGAAGACUUUCGUGCCUUCCUUAUGUACUCGCAAAACAGGAAACAGUGCAAGGGCCUCGACCUCAACGCCUUCCUCAUCAUGCCCGUGCAACGGAUCCCGCGCUAUGUCAUGCUGCUCUCGGAUUUGGUGAAGCACACGCAUCCCUCGCACCCGGACUACCCGGCGCUUUCCGAUGCGCGCACGAAGAUGCAGGAGCUGGCCGUGUUCAUCAACAUCCAGAAGAAGGAGGCCGAGAACAUCUACGAGGUCAUCGCCAUCCAGGACAAGCUCAUCGGCAAAUUUGAGAACAUCGUGGUUCCGGGCCGCAUGUACGUGUUCGAGGGGGUCAUGGCCGAGAUCCAGCUGGCCCCGAAUUCCAAGGGCAAGAUCCAAAAGAUGUCCAACACGAUGCGGAAGAAGAGCCUCGCCUCCCCACCAACCGAACGUAGCGGCAACGCGCAAAUCAGUGCCUACAAGAAAACAGACCACUAUGCGUUCCUGUUCAACGACAUGAUCGUGCUGGCCAAGAAGACUGGCCUCACGUCGCUGAUGAGCUUCAACUUCAUGGCCAAGAAGGCCAAGAAGAAGCUCAUGAAGAACGAGGACGGCCAGCCCAAGGACGUCGAGACCUUCGAGUUCGAAACGCAGAUCGCCCUCUCCGCGGACUGCACCGUCUCCAACGCGCCCCAGGCCAUCAUCGGCACGGAGACAUUUGCGCAGUGCUUCCAAUUGUUCACCGACGACCGAGCCUGGCUCUUCGCCGUGCCCACAGAGCGGGAGAAGACCGAGUGGAUGAGCGUGCUCGACAAGGUGCUCCUGGACAUGGCCGUCGUCGGCCACAAGUCCAUCGCCACGCGCACUGCCACCGCCACCGGCAGCGUCGUGCCCUCGCCCUCUUCUUCCUCCUCCAGCCCAGCGGUCGCCAGCGCCGAGGCAACCCCCGCCGCGGCGGCCCCCGAAUCCGCCCGCUCGUCGUCGUCUCCCGAUCCGCCUCUCUCAGCCCUGCCGGGGGUUCGAUCCCCGUCGCCGCCGUCGCCCUCGUCGUCGACAGGCGCGGCGGAGCCCGCGGAGCAGGCCUCUUCGCCUCCGUCCACCGCGACCGCGACCUCGACGGCGAUACACGAGGCCGGUGACGCCGGCGGAGCCGAUGGCGUCGACACCGGAGAUCAGCAGCCCACCAAGGAGACGCCCAAGCCCCCGGGCGGCGACGACUCUACGCCCGCGGCUCCGGCGGCAGGGGCGGCGGCACAGGCAGCCGCGGCACAGGCGGCGGCGAGCAAGGAAGACGAAGGGAGCGAGGAGGGGGAGGCGGGAGAGCGAGGCGGAGCGAAGGAGAGCGGCAAGCGACACAGCAGCGGCGGCGGCGGCGGUAGCAAGACGCCGGUGCCGGAGCGCAAGGGGGUGGGGAUGAGCCUGCGACGGCAUUCGUUCUCGAUGAACACCCUCUUCCGCAAGAAGGCCAAGCCGCCCGCGAGCGACCUCCAGCGCCAGGCCUCCACCCCGGCCCCCACGGCCGCCGCCGCCAAGGAUUCGUCGUCAGAGAAGGACGAGAAGGAGGCCAGGAGCGGGCUCAAGUACCUCCGAAAACGAGCCAACAGCACCAGCGGCCGCAAGAAGUCGUCCCCGGCAGCAGCGGCGGCGGCGAGCGAGGAGCUGAAGGAGUCGCCACCAUCAACGGAGGGCGGCGAGGAGGCGGCGACGACGAUGGCGCCGGCCGAGGGGGAGGAGGAGGGCGGCGGCGGGUGGGACGAGGGCAUGGUCCAGGAGCUGCGCAAGAAGCGGGCGCAGCGGACGAGCACCGGCACCUGGUUCAAGCGGAGCCUCGACGCCAACAACGUGCCCAUUCUCGCCGAUGGCAUCGGCUCCAGCCGCCUCAAGUAA